AUGGAAAAUGAACCCGCAGACUUCCUGCAGGUCCCUAUCACCGAGCGCGAACGCGUAGAAGCGCGCCGGCGGAGUACGUCCAUUGAACGAUUGCUCCCGGACGCCGAAUCGGUAUAUUCUCAGCCUUUCGAAGAUGACCGUCAGGAUCUCGUUUCUCCGGUACCUAGCAGAUUUGCAUCGGUGCGGGGUGAAUCGAGCCAGCCACGAAGGUUUCAUUCAUAUCAAGGCAAUCAAUAUGCUCCAAUUUCACCCAUUGACGAGGAAGACAUCGCCGAUGCCGCCAGCGACGUGCCCUCACGACCCCGGACCAUCCCCCAAUCCGAGAAAUCAUUCGAGCCCUUAGUGCCGUUGCCAGAUCUGUGGACACCCAUCUGGUUAAGACGGUCGACCCUCGCCGUCUUCAUCGCCUUCUUCGUGGUGUCUAUCGUUGCGCUGAUAAUCCUAUGGGUUCUCUCCGCCACGCGAACCGGCUUCGAUGUCCACUUCGACGGCCCUCAUCAUGCUUGGUGGGUAUAUGUCCCAACCAUCGCCGUCGUCCUCCUCGUGGGCUUGUGGCGACAGGUCGACUAUCACACCAAGACCCUCAUGCCCUGGGACGAACUCCAAAGAGGACCCGUCACAGCCUCCAAAAGUCUUCUGCUCAACUAUGUUUCACCAUUGCAGAUUGUAGCAUUAUUUCAAGCGUUCGUGCAUAACCAUAUACCCAUUGUUGCGACAGUCUCAAGCUUUAUGUUUCUCAAGAUCAUUACUGUAUUUUCCACCGGCCUAUUCAUCCUUUUGCCGAAAAAUGUCUCUCAGGGCAACUUUCCUCUUUUAUCACUAUCACGAUUCGAUGCGGCGAUUACAAAUGACGCCACUUCUGCGCCGGUAAGCGCUUACUACGGCAGUGUAUACCAAGGCAUACCAUUUCAGCCGGGUGUGGCGAUAGAUCUGGCUUACGCACCAUUCCAGUACGAUGAGAGCAGAGAUGAGGAAAUCGCGGAGAACGCGACUUUUUCGGCGGAUGUGGAUGCAUUUGUGCCGACAAUCAGCUGCAGAGCUGUUGAUGUGACUCUGGAUGGCGACUCGACCAGACAGCAAUCGAGCACCGGGGACGUAUUUGGAGACGGUAUACGGAUAAGGAUACCAUCUGACAGCACCUGUGAUAAUUGGGCUGCCAUGGUCAUUUCAGCCUUGAAUCCUCAGCUACAAGUGGCACCGAGCAAUCAGGUAUAUGGUUCGCUACAAGCGCUCUCCUGUGGCACAGGCGAACCACCAGGAGCUCUCCUCUUCACGGUGCUCAAUCUCGGCUUCGAGCAGGAUCUGCGGGAUGGCUCGGUUCAGUUGGCUCUUGCUGGAGAGGACGUGGCGACUAGCUCGUCACGGACUGUAACCAACAUGACGAAUGUCAUCUGCGAGGCAGGCCACACCCUCACGACCAUCAAGGUCUCCAACAAUACGCUCGAGAUGAAUACGCCUUCUCAGGGUGUUACCUUGGAGCCUGCCGACAACGUCCGGAACCGGACGCUGGAUAAUCUUUCGGAUGGAGAUGUUAUGGCAACUUUCGCAGCGACAGUGUCUGCGGGUGGUAGCCAGUUUGGCGAAGUGCAAGGAGCAGACAAUACCAGCGGCUUCUUCACUCUGAUGGCUCUGCAUCAUGGAACCAGGGAUGUCAGCCGGUUGCUGAAUACGGAUGACCUCAGCCGUGCUGCGGAAGUGACCUUCAAGGGCGUCAUGGCUCAAUACGCCCACCUCAGCCUCUCACAACCUACUGGUGAGGAGAUACGGGGAAGCGCACAACGCAUGCAAACGAGAUAUGUGGUCAACGAUCCUUCAGCGGCUCUCAUGAUCGGAGCGCUUGUUGUCUCGAUCGUAGCAGCAUUCAUUCUCCUUUUCUCUGCGCCGCGAGCAGUUGUCCCCCGGGACCCAGGUUCAAUCGCAGCAGUCGCUGCGACAUUGACAAACUCAAUCGAGCUGAACCGACUGCUUCGUCGCGGAGGCGUGCCCAGCGAGAACAACCAGGAGGCAGCGCUUGAUGGCUACGAGUUCGGCACCGCGAUUGCCACAACCGAGCACGGACAGGCGUCCUUUAAAGUCGUGGCCUCAGAGGGUAUCAAGGACCACAAUGCGCCUAAGCCAGAGAACACGCUGAAAUGGUGGCAUCCCAUCACAGCAAGUAUUCCUUUCGCUCUAUUCGUCCUUGCGAUACCAAUAGUCCUCAUUGGCAUGCUCGAACUUACUCAGAAGCGAAGCGAAGAUGGCGGUAUUCUGAAUGUCCCGGACAAUCAGGCCACAGAUAUCUUCACUCACUACAUCCCCUCCUUGGUCAUGAUCAUCGUGGCGUCCCUCCUGAACCUCCUCGACUUCAACAUCCUCGUAUUCACACCUUGCUCCGCUCUCGCCGCUGGCGGUGCCACGGCCCAGAAGUCCAUCCUGGCGCACUACCUCGGCAUCACCUCACCCUGGGCGCUGUUCGAAGCCAUCAAAGUGCGCCACAUCAACGUAGUUCUCUCGACCAUUGCCACGCUUAUCGCCAGCAUUCUCGCCAUUGUGGCCGCCGGCCUCUACAACGUUGAUAGCUUUGAUACUGUUGGUAGCGCCAUCGCUCUUAGCUCGUCCUCGCGCUUCACGCUUGAAUGGCCCAACAGUGCGAACACCGAUAAUGGCGCCGCCGGCAUCAUCAACGCCGUGCUGCACGACAAUCUCAGCUACCCUGCCUUCACGUAUCGCAGCUUGGUCUUCCCAACUUUCAGUCUAGACAAUGGGGACCUCGAGACCGGCAAUGGCUCCACACGUACCACGGCCACCAACAGCACGAAAAUCACUCUGGAUGCGCUUAUGCCGGACCUGCAAUGCUACCGUGUCGACCGCAAUUUUAUGACAAUUUUCAACGACGACAACGGCCAGGUAACCGUCGACAUCCUCGCCACUCUGCCCGACUCCUGCCAGCUCGCCGGGACCAGCGGGGCAGGAUCGUUCAUUGACUUCAGUAACACCUUCAAUGUUCCCUCCGAUAGCAGCACAGUCUUCGGUGGUCGACAGAACGACCUCCUCUUCGGCUCUGGCGCCGAGCUGAUCGGCAACACCCUCAACACUACGACACUGAAUCUGUCAUCCCUCAUCGCCGACAACCCGCCCGUCGGCUGCCCCUCGCUCGCCUUCACGUACGGCCGCUUCUCGGCUAACACCACCUCCGCGGACGUCAGCAGCAUGCUCUGCUACCAGCAGAUCCAGACGGUGCGCGCUUCCUUCGCCCUCAUCGGCAACACGACGGCCAUCGACGUGGCACGCGGCGUCAGCAUCGACGCCACGGACGCGCAGCUGCUGGCCAACCCGCUCAGCACGGACGGCGACGACAAAGUCUUCAACAUGCACAUCCAGCGUAAUCUGGCGUGGCAGAUGCGGCCUUUUGCCGCCACCGCGGACCCCGCGGCUUUCGAUCUCGACGCUUUCUUCCAGGGUGUGCUGAACCCGGAUGACGCGCCAACGCGGCCCCUGGAUCCAGAGAGCCUGGCGGGCGAAGACAAUGACAGCGAGCUGCUCGGCGCGGUGCUCGACUUUUAUCGCCUAUACAUGGCACAGGCUAUCAGCAUGAACAUGCGCGACGACGACGACAACACCAACUCCAACAACGGCACGCAGUCCUCCUCCUCCUCCUCCUCCUCCUCCUCCUCUCCAUCUCCACCCCUCUCCCGUCGCCAAGCACCCGCACCCCUCGCGACCAUCGACACGACCAUCUCCACCCCGCGCCUCAUCCAAAGCCGCACCAGCAAGCUCCUCCUCCAAGUCCUCCUCGCCCUCACCACGCUGCUGAGCGGCACGGCCUGGCUCCUCACGCGCUUCCGCCGCGUCCUGCCGCUCGACCCCAACAGCGUCGCGGGCACGAUGAGUCUGCUCGCGGGCUCGGAUCUCGCGCACUGCGUCGACGACGGUCUGUGCGAGUGCUGCGGAAAGCCGAGACGGAAUAGUUUUGGGACCGUCGCGGAGGCUGAUGCGGAGGCAGAGGCAGCAGAGGCUGAGGAGGAAGGUGGGCCGCUGGGCGCGGGGCGUGGCGGGAGGGUGAGCGUGCAUGCGCCGAGUUUCGUGACUGCAGCAGGGGGGAUAGGGGCGGAGCGCGAGGGCGUCAUACCCGUGGGUGCCGAGUGGUAUCAAGGCCACGGCCGCGGCCGCCGCCGCGGUGGGGGCGGGCGAUGGAACACGGUGUUCUCAGGCAAGCGCUUUAGUUCCGGGUGGUGGGCCGAGAGGCGGGAUCGGGGACGGCGAAGGCGCUGGGGCGUCGAUGUCGGGGACCGCGCGGACGGGAGUGCCGCCGACGAGGACUGGGAGUUGGGGCCGCGGAGGCUGAAGGCCGGGAGUGAUGUCGGGCCCGGUAUGAGGUUUGAGAUGAGGGAUUUUAUGGUGGGGAGGGGGGCCGGUGGGCCCAGGGAUGGGGGUGGGGAAGGGGGAAGUGGAAUUGGUGGCUUGAGAGGGAGGAGUUUGGAGGUGCCGGCGAGGGAGGGCGCGUAUGGUUAUGGCUACGGCUACGGUGGAUCUGGCUAUGGCGAGGGAGGCCUCCGUGGCGAGGAUACGAGUAUGGAGCGUGGUCGGGGCAUGGGCAUCUCUGCUGCGGCGAGUGAGGCGGGGAGUCGAGAGGGGAGUGUGGAUGUUGGGGAGGGUGAUGAGAGGGGUCGCCACGGAGGAGGAGAUGGAGAUGGAGGAGGUGCUGGUGCGGGUGCGGGAUUCAACUUCUCGAGAGGAGGGUAUUCGAGAGUGGCGGGCGAUGGCGAUUUUAGAGGCGAGGCGUGA